AUGGCCAUGAUCUUAGAAGCCUUUGUGGGAAAAUUGCUUGACAAGCUCUCAGAAUUUAUCUGGGGAGAGAUUUUCAUUAUGCGAGAUGUGCAGGACGAGCUCAAGCAGCUUCAAAGAAGAAUAGAGAGGCUAAGCGGAUAUCUUGAAUCAGCAGAGCACAAGAGGCAUGAAGACCGGACCAUCAAUAACUGGGUGGUGGAGUUGAAAGAUGUGAUGUAUGAUGCGGAGGAUAUCAUCGAGCGUUGUAUGAUCGAGGGCAGAAUAUUGUUGGAAAAUCAUCCCUCCACAUUAGCGAUGAUGUAUGGGAAAAAGAUGUAUGGGAGGAUUUGCUUAGAUAUGCCAUUGAAAAUGCAACAUCUACCGGCAAGAUUGUAA